CCUAUAAAAUUAGGAAUUAUGCAUCGGAGCUGCGUGUAGGGUGGGAUCGAACCGCACUGCAUGAGUCAAGUGCUUUUGUACAGACCGCAGUGCUUUCUCCAGUCAACGCCACUAUUUCGUUCGCGUUUCUAAGCCAACUGCAACAAUACAACUCUGCUUUUCACUGCAAAAUACUCGAAUUCCGAGUAAGUUCAGGUCCACAAACUUUUUUCGCAAGUGAUCCUAGAAUAUCGAAGUGAAAAGAAAUGAAAGACCCUUGAACCCAACAAUUCCCUCCCCGGCACGUCCCUUCUCUCCGCAUGUACCGAACAGGGGAACACCAAUCGAAUAGGAGGUAAGAUCAAAAUUCCCCGGGAUUAGAUGUCUGUACUGUACUGCUUGGAUCAGGGUACAGGCAGCUGACUGGCUUUCUCACCCACCCAGCGGCCUCACCUCCCGACUUUGUACGGAGUUGGUAGAAAAAGAAACGUAUACUUUUUCUCCGAUACUUACUUUUUGUUGGCGCAACUCUGCCUUUCUUCUCUUCUUUUCCUUCCGCUGCUGUGCUGCUCGUAGUUCAUCCCUCCUUCAGAAUUUCUCACCCAAAGCAACAUAAUCACAGCUUCAGUUUCCCAUCCGGCUCACCCAAACUUCUAUCAUAUUAUAUAUCAUAACAGUGCCUGACCCAGCCCCGCGGCUUUACUUCUUCUGGAUCCCUCCUUGGUUUUGGCUCCCGACGGCCCCGCUGAACUAAUCGGUAGACUGCAUCUUCUUCCAAGCCAGAAGACACAACCGUACUUUUCGAUUCGACAACCUCGUGCCUCUCUGCCAUUCGGACUUGCGAUCUUCUUUGUUUUUGCGCAAACGUUCACUUCGACCGUUUUUCUGCUGGCAUCCUGAGACACGUUACCGUACGUUGGGUUGGCUUGCUGCAGGUCACCUGCAUAUAGCGAGUCUGUGCCCCAGUACCUACUCCAAUAGCGCUGAUUGACCCUCCCCCCUUGCUCUUGCUGGCUUCUCGUCUCCUGAGAACUUUCUACCGGCAAACCACCACCACCGCGACCUCGAAAGAAAGCCCCGAAGACUUUCGCACUGUCUCUCUCGCCUUGCCCCAGCCUGACACCUGCAUUCUCUUCCUCCAAUGGCAUUCGGCGCAAAGCUAUAGUCAAACGUUCACCCAACACGUCGAGUCGUCUGAAACAUCUGGUUCUUGUCUGUCGUUUGGAAAAGUGUCAAUGCAUCCACCAAGUUGCUAGACCUCCCGGUUUACACGCAGAAAUCUCCUCUGAUCCUCGGGAAUAUUCGAUUUGGCGCUCAGAUUCCUUUCCGCCCAAGCAGCUAAUAGUCUGGAGUCACCAUGGACGGUUUCUCCACCCCUCCACCAAUUCCAAGUCGGACGCGGCAGCAUGCCCGACGUAAAUCACUCCAAGGUCCUUCUGCCAAUUCCCAACGGGUGCAUAUACAGCCUGCCUCUCCAGAAGUUAUCUCGUCCUUAAUUACAUCCCUUUCGAUCAUUUCAUCGCCGGCGAAUCAAUUGUUUGACGGCCUGUCGAACCCGUCGCCCACCUCCCCAGCUUCAACGAGUGCUACACACCACACUUUCGGUCAUCUUGGGCAGAAUAAUGGAGCGCGAUCAUCAGGUGGAAGCUUUGGCAUAGAUUACGGGGCAUACGAGCAACCUUCACUGGCAGAGCUAAUCGCUCAGGAGUCUGAGGCGAAUCUGGACGAGCUCGCGGCUCCGACUCCCGUCAUAAGGACCGCCAAACCACCGUCGGGCUUCUCGCCUCUUACUGCGCCUAAAUCACCUGGAGAAUCAAGUCCUCUCAAAUCCUUCCUGAGAGGCAGCUCACGGCCUUCCUCCAAAGGAUCAAUUGGGUCAAAAGAUGAGACAAGUAGCAUCGGCAAUCUAUCCGUCGAACCCGGGCAAGCACCAACUCACGAACUCCGAAGGAAGUCAUCGAGUGAACUCCGAAGGAAGUCAUCGAGUGAUAGCUGGGGCAAGAAACAAGGCCGCAACCAGAGAGGUUUAAUGUACAUGAGUUCCAAAGAGCGCCUGCGAGAAAGGGAGCAAGAUAAGAAGAGAAGCGGCAGCUUCACCACGAGCAGCGGAAAAGGUCUUGGAUUGGACCGUCUACCUAUUCCACAAUUUGACUCGGACUCAUUCAUGGCAGAGAAUGCGAUAGGGGAAGAACCAGAACAUUCACCAACCAGAGGCAAAACAAGUUUAGAACUUGAGGCAAGUCCAUCGCUCCAAGCCGGAGGUGGGAUCGGAUCAGGGAGAUUCAUACCUGCUCGAGACUCUUCUCUGAGGAAACCCGCUUCGGCUACGAAGAAGCGAGCAUCGCAAAGGUCAAGCCGACAGAACGGUAAACAGAAAACUCCUGAAGACGAUAAUGACACUAUCCAAGAGCUAGACGAGGAACAGCAGGAUCGCCGACGAGAACGAAGAAGUCGAGACACAAAUUCUUCAGAAGGAACCUCCAAGAUGAUGGAACCGCUAGAUAACUUAGAAAUGCCGCGACCUUCGAAGACUAAGCACCAGUCGGAGGGUUCCAAAGAUCGGUUGAGCGUAGUGGAGGAUGCUGAAGAAGGGGCUCCUUCUCCAGCUGUGGCACAACGCAAAACUCGUCCAAGUCCAGAGCGCCACCGAUCAUCAAGCCAGAAGAGACGAUCUGGCAAAGCUACCCCUGAGCCGCAGGAACAAGUCCAAGUCAAGCGAAGCGGUUCCCGACUGAAGCGUUUAUCUGCCCCUCUCAGUCCGAGAUCAGACAGGAACAGUAAUCAGCUCUCGAGAGUUGGCUCUCCAGAACCCACUAAGCCACAGAUUCAUGUGGAUGAUCGGCCAAACAGUGCAGAUUCGAUUGACGAUGCCGUAGAGGCGUAUCUAUGCUCUCCACGUCUAUCACAGAAAAUCAGACAUCCUCAGACUGGUAGAACCAUAUCAUUCUCGGAAGUUGGUGAUUCCGAAGGAUUCGCCGUGUUUUGCUGCGUCGGUAUGGGCUUGACCAGAUAUAUCACUGCAUUUUACGAUGAGCUUGCUCUGACUCUUAAAUUGCGGUUGAUUACCCCGGAUCGACCUGGUGUGGGAGACAGCGAACCAUAUAACGAUGGAACUGCAACUCCUCUAAGCUGGCCUGAUGAUGUGUACGCAAUCUGUCAAACAUUGAAGAUUACCAAAUUCUCCAUCUUGGCCCACUCAGCUGGUGCCAUAUAUGCGCUCGCUACCGCUCUUCGUAUGCCACAACACAUCCGUGGCCGCAUUCAUCUCCUUGCACCAUGGAUUCCCCCUUCUCAGAUGAAUGUUUUUGGAGCUCAAGUUGCCUCGCCACCGGCAAACUCAUUACCAACCUCCCAACGCAUACUCCGCGCCCUACCAACUCCUAUUCUCAAGGCAGCAAAUUCGAGCUUCAUGAGUGCAACCAGCAGUUCGAUAACAAGCAGUCUACCAAAAUCAAAGGGCCGUAAGCGUAAGUCUACUGGUCGUGACACACCUGCGCCGUCUGGGAGGAGCACUGUCACUCCAGGUUUAGACAAGGAGAAUCAUGGUCGAAAUUCCACGAUUUAUCCAGAUCCAUCCGAACCUGGAGCUCUCGAACGAGCAGCAAAGGAUACUGGGGAUCCAAACAAUGAAGCUGCAAUUAUUGCUGCCGCAGCAAAUACACUAGCUGAUAAGGAACGACAAAUGACUUACGACACGAGACUUACGCAUGCAAUUUGGGACCUAGCUACCUCCGGGGCCAAUCCUGCUGUUGACCUUUUGGUUUGCUUGGAACGACGCCACACUAUCGGCUUCAGAUAUGUUGAUAUUACUCGUGCCGUUGUCAUUCACCACGGUAGUAAAGAUACCAGAGUUCCUGUUGAAAAUGUCCGAUGGCUCGGCAAAACGAUGAAGAAGUGUGAAGUUCGUGUACUAGAGGGGGAAGGUCAUGGUCUCAUGGCCUCAGCUGCAGUGAUGGGAGGUGUCCUCAUGGAAAUCGCUCGAGAAUGGGAUGAUUGGAUGAAGGUUACUGGUAACUCAGCAACUGGAAAGAGUGAGAGCGGAAGAAGAACGCUGAGGGAGCGAGCAAGCGUCGGCGGUUUCAGAUAAGGACAUGGAGUGUACGACGAGCUGUAUGUACGAUGGAUGGGCGGCGAAUGCUUCGAGCUUUGGCGUUGACGGGGCAGGAGGGCAGGCAAAGCCCGUGGAGCUGUACUGUAACAAGGUCCAAUACCGACGGCUGAGACCCGUACAUGCGAUGGACAGCAUUGCUUAUGAUACUAAUACAUAAUAAAUUUGCUUUACAUAAGAACAUGGAGUUGGUCAGCACUUACACUACUUUGUGUCUGUUCAUACCAGAACAUAGAGUAUGUACUAUAUCUAAAGACAAGUUCCGUGCUGGUACAUUCCAACCAUCCAUGAAGCAAUUCCCAGAAAUUGGCGAAAACCUCAUUCAUCCUUUCAUCCAUCCACCAGUUCAUGCAUCCAGCCGCUUCCACUCCCAUUCGCAGGCAUGGCAUCCCCUUGCGAGCUUUCAAUUGAUGUAUCACGUUGACUGCCUCCAAAAUGACUCUGGCUGUUUUCACGUCUGUUCCUCAUGAAACGCCAUUCCGGCUUAUCGGGUAUCAAUCCUUGGAAGAAGCUUUUUAGCAGGCCAAGGCCGUUCGAGGAUCGAUCUGUCUCAUCAGGAACGCACCCAACCGAUAUCAAGUAACAAGACAAGCAACCUUGCAUGAUCGAAGCCGAAUCACUACACGGGUAAAAUAGCCGUUGUUUCUCCACCUUAACUAUUUUCAUUCAGGGGUAUUAUUUGGCACUGAUCAAUAAUCAUCCCCUGGAGACCCGCAGGGCAGCAAUCCACUAUCGAUUUACCAGGUUCCCAUGGCUUUAGCUUCCUUGGGACGGGAAAGUGGAGGAGAGCGGAUGCGAGAAC